UGUAGUGUGAAGUUCUUUUCUGUGAAAAUUUUAAUAAAAAAAUGUAAAAUAGUUAAUAAUAUUACAUAGUAAUAGGUUAUUGAAAAAAUAAAGCAAUUAUAAAAAAUUUGUGAAUUUCCAAAACGUUGCAAAUAUUAAUAAUGUCUUAUAAAUGAAAAAAUAAACAAAUAAGAGAAUAAUAAUUGAAAGUUAAUGCAAGGAAGAAGGGUGGUGAAAAGACAUUUAUUUUGUCUCCAAACAACUCAUAUUAUUUGUGCUGAUAUUUUGAUAACAUUUAAGGGGGCAUUGAGUUAAAAACAACCCCCUUUUAUAGAAAAACUCUAAAGUUUCCCCCUUCAAUUAAUCCGAUGGUGCGUAACAAAACCCAAUCAUCUUCAUCGUCUUCAUCAUCGGGCAAUGCCAGUAAUAGUAGCAGCACCAAAUCACCCAUACGUCAGAAUACCCAUCGUAAAUCGUCCAGUACUUGUAGUGUAGCUUUAAUAGAUGAUGUCAAACCCUCCACAUCCUCUGCCCGUCGUUCGCCUAACUCAUCACCAGAUGAUGACACUGACGAUUAUGACACUACACCCGUAACCCAAUCAGUCUUUGGUUCGGUACAUAAACAAAACCUCUACGUUGUUUCAUUUCCCAUCAUAUUCCUGUUCAACAUACUACGUACGCUAAUCUAUCAGCUGUUUUGUAUAUUUCGUUAUUUAUACGGGGCCAGCACCAAAGUCAUUUAUCGUCCACACAAACGCGAAUGUAAUAUAGAAAUUGUUGUUGGUUCUUCCUCAUCGUCAGGUACAACACAAAAUUCCACUUUAACAACUGUAACAUCGAAAGAUAGACAUCAACUGCUUGAGCAGGCGCACAACGUAACUUCAACUGCAAUAGCACCAUAUCCACUUAUUGGCUCACAACGCAUACGUCCACAACAACAAUUGGAAAUGUUUAAUCGUAAUAAUGCCAUCGCCUCAGGACCCGGUCCCGGUGAUCCAUUGCUGGCUAAACAAAAACAUCAUCAUCGUCGUGCUUUCGAAUAUAUUUCAAAGGCCUUGAAAAUUGAUGAAGAAAAUGAAGGCCAUAAAGAAUUAGCAAUCGAAUUAUAUCGUAAAGGAAUUAAAGAAUUGGAAGAUGGCAUUGCCGUUGACUGCUGGAGUGGCCGAGGUGAAGUUUGGGAACGUGCCCAACGUUUACAUGAUAAAAUGCAAACAAAUCUCUCCAUGGCCAGAGAUCGUUUACAUUUUCUAGAGUUGCGUGACGAACAAUUACGUUUGGAACAACUGCAUCUGAAAGAAGAAAAUGAACAAAAGGCAAAGCCAAAUGCAAAUCGUCCCAAUUUGAAAUAUAGAAAAACUGCAACUCCAACUUCAACAGCAAAAUCUUCAAAUAUACAAAUUGUGCAACCCAUGCAAUUAGAUUCUAAUAGUAGUAGUAGUCCAACUACAAUACCAAUGGUUCGUACAAAUAAUACCACUAAGUUACGCAGCAUAGCUGCACAUAAUUUAAGAAAUAAUAAUAAUCCAAAUACAACUACUACCUCCUCAACUAGUACGGGGUCAUCUGCUGCAGCUUCUGGUCGCAAACUGACCGUUAGCUCUAAACGACCCGGCAAUUUGGCAGUUGCAAAUAAAUCCCAAACAUUACCACGUAAUUUGGGAUCGAAAAAUGCCAUCGCUGGUGUGCCACGAAUUAAAACUGCAGCUACACCACCCGCUGUGCGCAGACAAUUUUCGUCCGGACGUAAUACACCUCCCCAACGUUCACGUACUCCUAUCAGCGGUAUUGGCAGCGGACAAUCAAAUAGUGGUUCCAACACUCCUAGUGUUAGUGUUAAAGGUGUUGAACAGAAAUUAGUUCAAAUAAUACUCGAUGAAAUUGUCGAGGGUGGCGCUAAAGUUGAAUGGAGCGAUAUAGCUGGUCAGGAGGUUGCCAAACAGGCAUUACAAGAAAUGGUUAUACUACCAGCUGUAAGACCUGAAUUAUUUACAGGUUUACGAGCUCCUGCUAAAGGUCUUUUACUUUUCGGUCCACCUGGUAAUGGCAAAACUUUACUGGCACGUGCUGUAGCUACCGAAUGUAGUGCUACAUUCCUUAACAUUUCGGCAGCGUCCCUAACUAGCAAAUACGUGGGUGAUGGUGAGAAAUUAGUUAGAGCCCUCUUUGCGGUAGCCAGAGAAAUGCAACCUUCUAUAAUAUUCAUCGAUGAAGUUGAUUCUUUACUCUCUGAACGUAGCAGUAACGAACAUGAGGCUUCUAGACGUUUAAAAACUGAAUUUCUGGUUGAAUUUGAUGGUCUACCAGGUAAUCCUGAUGGUGAUCGUAUUGUUGUUUUAGCAGCCACUAAUCGACCUCAGGAAUUAGAUGAGGCCGCUUUAAGAAGAUUUACGAAACGCGUUUAUGUAGCAUUGCCCGAUUUAGAGACUCGUGAAUUGUUAUUACGACGUUUAUUACAAAAACAAGGUAGUCCUCUUGAUACGGACGCUCUUAAACGUCUGGCUAAGCUAACCGAAGGCUAUUCCGGUUCAGAUUUAACCGCUCUUGCGAAAGAUGCAGCCCUAGAACCUAUAAGGGAAUUAGAUGUUGAACAGGUUAAAUGCUUAGACAUCAGUGCUAUGCGUCCUAUAACGGAAAAUGAUUUUCAUAAUUCCCUUAAGCGUAUACGUCGUUCGGUGGCACCGCAAAGUUUAACAUCUUAUGAAAAAUGGUCUCAAGAAUAUGGUGAUAUUACCAUAUAAAGUAGAAAAGAACACUUUAACACUCACUUCAACACCAAAACACAUGUACACUCAAACACACAAACAACAUGAAAAUACUCCACCACUAUUAACUACACAUUUUGUUAGGAUAUUUAAAUGCAUUAUUAAGUUUUACAACUAUAUAAAUAUAUAUAUGAUUUUAUUCCUUACAUUAUUUAUUUAAUCUAUCACUAAUACAGCAGAAACAAAUAUGUAACCACCACCACCACCACCACUUUCACCGUACUACUCCUCUACCCCUCCAAAAAUAAAAUGCAUAAAAUAUCCUGCUCAUAUAUAAUUUCAACAAGCAAAGAGAGCGAGUGAUAUUGUAUGGCAGUUGCAUUCUAAGGAGUUUAUUUAUAUGUGAGUGUUAUCCCAAUUUCUUUUUUAUAUUUUUUUAUAAUUUAGCUAAAUUAGUUUUAGUUUUAAUAUCUUUGUUGUUGUCUCUUUGACUUUCGUAAAAUAUAUUUACACACAUCAACAUGAUUCUUUAUAUUCUAUUGAUUUCAAUAGUGAUAUUAAAUGUUUCAUUUCCUAUAGUCUUUUACAAUUUAUGUGUGUUCUUUAUAAUUUAAUAGUUUCUCUACAAAUUUCAUUACAUUCAAAAA